UUCCAACUUUUGCGGAUUAUCGUACUCUUGGGUCCCCGAAGAGCGAUAGCUAUAUCGACGGUGAUUUGCUAUACGUUUUUCCUUCAUUUCCAGAGACGGAGACUUAUUCAGAGCGGUGGAGGCCUUUGCAACGAAAGCAUAGUCAUGUUGGAAGAACCAGACUUUGAAAUUGACAUUUCAACCAGGGACUUUGCACAGGAUGAGAGCCCGCUCACAAGACGAGAAAUAAACCUCAGAAAAACGUUUGGCUACAGAAGAGUACUGAUCCAACCCUCAGAGGAAAUCGGUCACGGCUCAUAUGGAAGGGUCAUAAAAGCUAAGCUUGACGGUCUUCCUUGUGCCGCCAAACUCCUUCACCACAUCUUCUUCACCUCAAAUGAUCCGAAUUUUGCCGACUUCAUUCGACGCUUCAAGCAGGAGUGCCGGAUCCUGCGUCACCUGAAGCAUCCGUGCAUCAUGCAGUUCCUGGGGGUCCUGGAAGACCCUCGACCUCGCAGCAACCGCAGACCGAUUCUCCUCAUGGAACUGAUGGAGCAGAGCCUCACUGCCUUCCUAGAGAGCCAACAGAGAGCUCUCCCAUAUCAUGUCCAGGUGAACAUCACCUACGACAUCACUCUGGCCCUCGAUUACCUUCACGGCAACGGUAUUCAACACCGCGACCUUUCCAGCAACAACAUUCUUCUCACUGCUGGUUCCCGGGCCAAGCUGACCGACUUUUGAAUGUCCAAGAUGGUCGACCUUAAUCCCCGCAUGAGCAGAAAUAAUACGCUCACAGAAUGUCCCGGUACACUUGCCUACAUGCCUCCCGAGGCACUGGUCAAAGGGCCAGCUUAUUCCGACAAGAUUGAUGUGUUCUCCACUGGAGUUCUCAUCGUUCAAAUCAUCACUCGCACCUUUCCUAAUCCGACCGAUCCUCAUAGAAAAGUGGAAGAUUCGAAGUACGGAGGCUCUAUUCUAAUCCCAGUAACGGAGCUAGAACGACAUAAGGAUGACCUUAAAAGAGUUUUUAUGACUCACCCACUUCGCCCAAUAGCCUUAGAAUGCCUCAAAGAUAGAGAGAAAGAAAGGCCUCCUGCAGGUAACCUCUGCCGGAGAUUGGCACAACUGAGGGCAACUCCAGAGUAUGGAGACAGCAAGUGCCAGUACAACCAACAGGUGGUUGAACUGCCACCAACCCCUUCCGCACUGAGGAUGAGGGACACAGAGAUAGCAGUGCUGGAUGGACACAUUGAAGCUCUCAAUCGGGAGAAGAGAAGGUCCUGGGCGGAAUCUUCCGGAAGAAAACUGAAAGAAAGUUUGAUGAGGAGAUAGCAGAGCUCCACGUAGAGAAGCAACCACUGGUCUCGGAGAAAGAUAGGGAAGAGGAGGAGGAACGAAGGAAAGCAGAGUACAAGAAUGAAAAUGACCGUUUGAAGAAAAGAGUUGAUCAAGUAGAGACAGAAAAUGCAAAAGUGCUCUCUGAGAGUGCUAGGCUCAAGAGGUAUAUUGAAGAACUAGAGAAGGAGAAAGCUGUGGCCGCAUCAGAGAAAGCUGAACUUCAAGAGAAGCUUGUGGAAUUGAACCGGAUCGUCAAAACACAUCUGCAGCAAACCAGUACCUCGGAAGAAAGGGAAAUGGAUCAAAAUCAGGAAGGAAAUCUUAAGCGGUGGGUCUCUCUUCCUUCACUGAAGUUGGGAGAAGGUGAAGAAGAUAAAGAGCUAAUGGUUGCAGAGAAAGAUAUGUCAAAAACAAAAGUGUUACGACUCAACCUCAGUGAGAUCUACCAGUACCUCAAUGCCAAGUCCAUACUCCAUGAGAUGGUGGAGAGAAAGCUCAUCACAUCACAACAGAAGGGAAAUGCAGAGGCAUACAGCUCUGCAUAUGCACAGAAUAUUUCAGCUGGAGUUGCUCUGUUUGAGACGGGAAGCUCACCUACAGUUGCACUAGAUCUGUGCACUAUCCUAGAGGCAACUGACUUCCAAGGAGGGAAAAAAUUGGCAAUGAAACUCACAUCAGACCAUGAUAACAUCAGUGCAAUAAAGAAAAAACAGGUUAUGCAGAGGUUUUACCCACCACCUACCACCACCCCACCAUCGGAGCUGAAAGUAUCAGAUCUUCAGAGUCAGUUCUUACAGACACUAGCAGCAGUGAUGGAGGCAUUUGAGCAGCUUCCUGACUCCCUCUCUCGUCUGAAACAGUUCUUCAGUCGACUAGUGCUGCCAAUGGGAGAGGGAAAAGUCAUCCCAAUAGUCAACCGAAGCACAUAUAAGAAUGCUGCCUCAACAGAAGAGAUGUUAAGAUGCCAGCCUAGUCCCUGGAACUGCUUCAGUCCCCACCUCCUCAUGAUGAUGUCAGUGGAAUGCCAGUGUCCUCAAGCCAUUGAACCAGUGGAGCAGUUCCUCCAAUAUCGCAGCAAGUGUGCCUCUUCCCUGAUUUGUCGACGGACGAAGUUACUGACAAAAGCAAGCAACAUGACCACUUCCCACAGUCCGUCCCACCUGGCCUGCCACACUGCUCCCGUCAACGACCUGCAGUCUCUUCAUCCCAGUGUGUUUGAUGAGCGAAAGAAUCCAGAGCGUCUGCAGACCAUCAGAGUCACAGUCCAGGUUGAUCGACCUCACCUCACUCUCCAGGACUAUGAUGACAUCACUACUGCUGUCUGUGGCUUCUUUCACAUCCCCCGAGUAGCUCUAGUGUAUGCAGGUUGUUCUGAGGAUGGCCAGGUGGUCAGCUGGAACAUGUCCACUGCUCUACUGCCUUACUUGAAGAGAGCUAGUUCUGGUGUGAGCUCUGAUCGACUAAUGGCAGAGCAAAGGAUACUUGGAGUAGCAGCUGGAGACCUACAAUACCACUGUCUCAGUGUGAAAGAGGUGGAGUUAUUUGAAGCAGCGUUCUAUGGAUUGGAAAAAAGAGUUCAGAGCCUUAUUCUGCAAAAAGUCUCCAUAAAUUGUGUGGAUAAGGAUGGCAGGACUCCUCUCUACAUUGCCAGUCGGAAAGCACAUGGAGCAGUUGUUAAACUACUACUUCAACAACAUGCUGAUGUCAGAAUAUGUAAGAAGAAUGGAUGGACUCCACUAAUGGCAGCAUCAUUCAAUGGACAUACUGAUGUUGUACAAACACUGAUUGAGGCUAAGGCACAGAUCAACACACAGGAAGAGAAUGGCUGGACUGCUCUUCACCUAGCAGCUCAAGAAGGCAAAGUUGAUGUGGUGAGACUAUUGACUGAAGCUCAGGCUCUGGUCAACAUACAUACUGAGGAUGGCAGGACUCCUCUCUACAUUGCCAGUCGGAAAGCACAUGGAGCAGUUGUUAAACUACUACUUCAACAACAUGCUGAUGCCAGCAUCUGUAAGAAGAAUGGCUGGACUCCACUAAUGGCAGCAUCAUUCAGUGGACAUACUGAUGUUGUACAAACACUGAUUGAGGCUAAGGCACAGAUCAACACACAGGAAGAGAAUGACUGGACUGCUCUUCACCUGGCAGCUCAAGAAGGCAAAGUUGAUGUGGUGAGACUAUUGACUGAAGCUCAGGCUCUGGUCAACAUACAGACUGAGGAUGGCAUGACUCCUCUCUACAUUGCCAGUGAUAAAGGACAUGGAGCAGUUGUGAAACUACUACUUCAACAACAUGCUGAUGUCAGCAUCUGUACAAAGACUGGCUGGACUCCACUAAUGACAGCGUCAUUCAAUGGACAUACUGAUGUUGUACGAACACUGAUUGAGGCUAAGGCACAGAUCAACACACAGAAAAAGGAUGACGUGACUGCUCUUCACCUGGCAUCUGCAGAAGGCAAAGUUGAUGUGGUGAGACUACUGACUGAAGCUCAGGCUCUGGUCAACUUACAGACUAAGUGGGGAAGAAGACCUAUAGACAUUGCCAGAUCUAGAGGUCACUCUGAGAUUGUUGAAAUCCUACAGAAAAUGUAGCACUUUUGGUGACAUUAAAACCUGGAGACAUAGCUUUACACAACUUUAGAUGUUCCAAUAAUAUCCAUGCCACCCACUUUGUCAAAAGUAUUAUGGGAGUCUUGCAAAAUGUUCAUUAAUACCAUCCAAAUUCACCUUCAUCAAGUUUUCUGGACCACCUUUAACUCUUGUUUUCUCUGUUCUGACCCGUGUUCUUUCCAUUAUGUAGCUAUGUCCAUGUGCUAACUGUUUGUGUUCGUCCAUAGUUGCAGUCAUUCUCUAUACCUCCUAGGACAUCAGCAUCUAUCUGGUGUAUUAUACCUUCAGUACAUGUCAUCUCUAAUGCCUCCAUCUUCUCCACUUUCUUGUUUGCUACCAUUAUCAUGUACUGUAAAGGAUAAUAAUAAUAAUAAUAAUAAUCA